UGUGAGGUGAACAAAACCUGCGGGGGCCGUACCAUCCGCGCGGAUGGUUGUUCCCUCACAUCCCCCGAAUUCAACGGACGGCGCAUGCGAGAACUUGCGAGGAAGAACGAGAGACAUUGGGAAAGAGUGAAAGCAGGUAACUGGUGACGCUGCUACAAUCGAUAAUGAGCACUGGAGCGACAACAACUGCGGCCAGCUCUUCUGACCUUCCUGCGGCUGGAGAUGCUCCGCAAUUGCCGUCAGAACCUGACAGUUCAGCCAGCAACAAUGACCUAGCAGGUACUCAAGAGACUGGCAGUGCUUUAGAUCGGUCGGCUGUCCAGCAAAGCACAGGAAACAAAGACCAGCCGGCGGAUGGUGGUAGCGGACAGAGUCAUGUCGAGCUGGAUGAGUUUGGUCUCCCGAUUCGUGUGUUCUCGAAGCCUUCACGCCCUGUAAACGAUUCAUUAGGGGAAUCCGAAGCAUUCAGUGAAGCGGCAGAUCAAAUAACCGAGAAGGAGAAGCCAGGCAACAAGGAGGAGAAGCAGACGAGCAACGAAGAAAAUCCAUCUAGCCAGCAGUCGCAGCCGGCUGAACAGUCAAAACCUGGCAGUGAACCGAGAAAACAGAUACAUGCGGCGGAUAUCGGCACAUAUACGCAGUCGCAGGAGUCCAAUGUGAGCUCUGGACCGGUCGAUUCUGGGGCUUCCGGCGAAAGUGAAAAAGACAAAGAGACAGCAAAAGACAUCUCAGCAGGAGAGAAGACGGAGGCGGACAAGACUCACCCUGAAGAGCAAGACGACAAGCUAUUGGAUAAGGAGCAACAACCUCAGGCCGCUACCGCUGAGGAUGCCUCGCACAGCGAUCCUUCUCAGAAGCGACACAGCAGUGCCAAACCUUCGGAAUGGUCGCACCAAGGACUUGUGUUGCAUCACGAUUCGGAGGAGGAAUCGGAGGAAGAGGAGGAAGGUGAUUGGCAACCCAUGCCGGCUCUUGGGGAAUUUGAUGUUUAUGAUGACUAUGGCCGGCUGGUCGCUCGUGGUGCAAAGCAGGAGGACGAUGAAGCUGUGUAUCAAGGGCUAGGUGGAGCUGGGAAAGGAUACACUCGAGUACAGCUUGAUGAAGAUGCUCAAUCGGCCACUAGCAUGGACGAGGAUACCAGCUACCUUUUCAAAGAAAAUGGUCAUACUGUUGGCGUUGAUGAGGAAUUGAGGGAUCCUACGACCCAGCUUCAAGCCACGAAAGAUCUCUUGACGGAAGGCCAGAGAAUCGCGUAUGUUGGUGUGACAAGGUUGUCCAUAUAUCAGAUGGAUGAGGAACUUCGGAGUAUUGUGACAACGAGAGGAAGCAAAAAGGCCCUGCAAGGUGCAUCGGAUUCGAUAAAGAAGUGGGGUCAAAUGAUGAUGGCUCGACUUUACGCUCAUAUGGACAUCGACACUGCGGAACAAAUUAUGAUUGAACAACUGGCUGAUCAUGGUGUGCAACCGGCAGAUCUUGUUCGGCCACUGAUGCAAAACGCUCGAGUUAAGAACCCGAUGGCAGAGGAGCUUAACUCUCCAAAAAAGUCAACAUCGAUGCCUGCGUCACCGGCUUCCAGGGAUCUCGGGGCCAGUCGUUCUACUCCAACUGACGAUUCCUUCGAUUUAUCCUCACCUCCACCCUAUGAAGAGCACAAGGACGAUGAAUUGCCGGAAGUUCGAACACCGUCCCAGCUCCCAACUUCGCAAAACAUCGAUAUUGACCUUCGCUGGACCGUUCUUUGCGACCUCUUCUUGGUCCUAAUUGCGGACUCCACAUAUGAUUCCCGCUCACGACGUCUAUUGGAGAGGGUUGGUGAGGCCAUGGAUGUGCCAUGGGUGCAGAUCUGUCGCUUUGAAAAGAGAGUCAUCGACGCGUUGGAGAUGCAAGAAGAAAGCGCCAAUACCAAGGAAACGUGGGAUGAAGCGGAGAACAUGGAACAACGCCGCAAAAAGGCACUGAAGAAAAAGUACAUGAUAAUGGGUCUCGCUACUGUGGGCGGUGGCCUAGUCAUAGGUCUCUCUGCCGGGCUGCUGGCUCCCGUUAUAGGCGCUGGUCUUGCAGCAGGUUUCACUACUAUUGGUAUCUCCGGAACAGGUGCCUUCUUGGGGGGCGCCGGUGGGACUGCUUUAAUUGCCUCCGGAGCGACGCUUACAGGAAGCACGAUCGGUAUCAGAGCUUCGCACAGGCGUACUGGUGCUGUAAAGACAUUUGAAUAUCGUCCUUUACACAAUAACAAGAGGGUCAACCUGAUUGUUACAGUUUCUGGCUGGAUGACUGGUAACGUCGACGAUGUCCGCUUGCCAUUCAGUACUGUAGAUCCGAUUAUGGGCGAUUUGUAUUCAGUGCUCUGGGAGCCAGAGAUGCUGCGAAGUAUGGGUGAUACAAUUAACAUUCUCGCAACAGAGGCUCUGACCCAAGGACUGCAACAAGUACUUGGCAGCACUGUCCUUGUAGCACUCAUGGCAUCGCUGCAACUACCUAUUGUGUUGACCAAGCUGGCCUACUUGAUCGAUAAUCCUUGGAACGUGUCUCUAGUCCGUGCAAACGCGGCUGGUCUGAUUCUGGCCGACUCCCUAAUGGCCAGGAAUCUUGGGAAUAGACCUGUUACGUUGAUUGGAUUCUCUCUUGGCGCUCGAGUUAUCUUCUCUUGUUUGAAGGAGCUUGCAAAUAGAGGUGCCUACGGGCUGGUACAAAAUGUGUAUCUUUUCGGUUCCCCAGUUGUGGCCAAAAAGGAUGAAUACCUGAGAGCGCGAAGUGUCAUUUCAGGUCGAUUUGUCAAUGGCUAUGCGUCUAAUGAUUGGAUUCUGGGGUAUCUGUUCCGUGCCACCAGUGGUGGAAUUAUGCAAGUUGCAGGCCUUGCACCCGUACAGGGUAUCCCUGGUCUGGAAAACAUUGAUGUCACCAAUCUUGUCAAUGGCCAUAUGGCCUACCGUGCAGCAAUGCCUCGAAUUCUCCGUGAGGUUGGCUGGGAAGUGCUUGAUGACGAGUUUGCGGAAAUCGAGGACCCCGAUCCCGAAAACCAUGCUGAACGGCAACGGGAGCUGAUUCGAGAGAUCGACGAAGCCCGCAGAGAGGCAGAGCAGAAGCCAGAGAAGAGACGCUUUGGUUUCUUCAAGCGUGGCAAGCUAGCGGAAAAGAAAGCAUGGGAGACGUACGACCCGGACAAAGCCGAGACAGGGCGUCGCGAUUCUGUCGACAGCUCGAGCACCAGAGCGGGAAGCGUUCUCUUUGAUAUUGAUGCUAUCCGUAACGAAUUAGCAGGCGAGCAAAUCGAGGUCAAGCAGCUAGAAUCCACAUUACCUCCUAUGAAAGUGGAACUGGGUUCAUCUAGCAAACCAUCAUCACCAUCGACAGUAGAGCGACCAGCAACUAUGCAACACAGCAAGAGUGCAGAUGCCAGCCUUCCUGUACCUAAGAUUCCCAGUUCUCCCGACACCAAGUCCCCUCACGACCCAUACUCGCACCCCGAGGAAGAAGAGAUCCAAAUGACCUUCGAUACUUCCUACAGCGGUCACGACCACCACUCUUCAACUUUCUCAAGAUCGCAAGACGAAUUUUCAUCCCCUCCAUCUUCCAGGCCAGGGCUCCAUUCCUCCGCCACCAUGCCUGCCGCUGUCGGUAUCGGGGCUGGAGCUGUUGUAGGCGGAGCCUUGGGUCUGGGCCUCGAAGAGAAUGCCUGGGCCCAGGAUGAUUUCGGCCAUGGAGGCGACGACGAAAUCCAAAUGACGUUUGAGUGAGGAAGUCAAAGAGUUCUAGAAGUCGCAUCGUUUUCUUUGCCCUCCCGGCUUUAGAGAAGGAGAUCGGGAUGAGAAAGGCUAUGAUCCUUAUUUUAAUACCCCCCACCUUUUUCUUUUCUUUUGCGUUCCGUUUUAUA